CCGGGCCGGGGGCGCGCAGCCCGUCACGCGGCGCCGCCGUCACUGCGCCCAGCACAGCCCGGGAGCAGCAGCAGCUCGGGGCUCGGGGACCCGCGCCCAUGCCCGCGCCCAUGCCCAGCCGCCGCCAGUGACGCCGGAGAGGUGUCUUCUGUUCUUGCUGGGGUUCCCGCUGCUACUAGGAGUGACUGACGAAGUUCGCAGAGAUGGCGGGCGCCUCCGUGAAGGUGGCGGUGCGUGUCCGCCCCUUCAAUUCCCGGGAAAUGAGCCGCGACUCCAAGUGCAUCAUCCAGAUGUCAGGAAGCACCACCACCAUUGUUAACCCCAAACAGCCCAAGGAGACACCCAAAAGCUUCAGCUUCGACUAUUCCUACUGGUCGCAUACCUCGCCCGAGGACAUCAACUACGCGUCGCAGAAGCAGGUGUACAGGGACAUUGGCGAGGAAAUGCUGCAGCACGCCUUCGAGGGCUACAAUGUCUGCAUUUUCGCCUACGGCCAGACCGGGGCGGGGAAGUCCUACACCAUGAUGGGCAAGCAGGAGAAGGACCAGCAGGGCAUCAUCCCGCAGCUCUGCGAGGACCUGUUCUCCCGGAUCAAUGACACGACCAAUGACAACAUGUCCUACUCUGUGGAGGUCAGCUACAUGGAGAUUUACUGUGAGCGUGUCCGCGACCUCCUGAAUCCCAAAAACAAGGGCAACCUGCGUGUGAGGGAGCACCCGCUGCUGGGGCCGUACGUGGAGGACCUCUCCAAGCUGGCCGUGACCUCCUAUAAUGACAUUCAGGACCUCAUGGACUCAGGGAACAAGGCCAGGACCGUGGCUGCCACGAACAUGAACGAGACCAGCAGUCGCUCUCACGCCGUCUUCAACAUCAUCUUCACCCAGAAACGCCAUGAUGCGGAGACCGACAUCACCACAGAGAAAGUGAGCAAAAUCAGCCUGGUGGACCUGGCUGGGAGCGAGCGGGCUGACUCCACGGGAGCUAAGGGCACGCGUCUCAAGGAGGGAGCCAACAUCAACAAGUCCUUGACCACGCUGGGGAAGGUCAUCUCUGCUCUGGCUGAAAUGGACUCUGGGCCCAAUAAGAACAAGAAAAAGAAGAAGACAGAUUUCAUUCCCUACAGAGAUUCCGUGCUGACCUGGCUGCUCAGGGAAAACCUGGGCGGGAACUCGAGGACAGCAAUGGUGGCGGCCCUGAGCCCCGCAGACAUCAACUACGACGAGACCCUGAGCACCCUGAGGUAUGCCGACCGGGCCAAGCAGAUCCGCUGUAAUGCCGUCAUCAACGAGGACCCCAACAACAAGCUGAUCCGUGAGCUGAAGGAUGAGGUGACCCGGCUUCGGGACCUGCUGUAUGCGCAGGGUCUCGGGGACAUCACCGACACCAACACUGUGCCCGGAGGACCCAAAUUGACCAACGCCCUGGUGGGCAUGAGCCCCUCGUCCUCGCUCUCGGCCCUGUCCAGCCGCGCCGCCUCCGUGUCCAGCUUGCACGAGCGCCUCUUGUUUGCCCCGGGCAGUGAGGAGGCCAUCGAAAGGCUGAAGGAGACGGAGAAGAUCAUAGCCGAGCUCAACGAGACGUGGGAGGAGAAGCUGCGGCGGACGGAAGCCAUCCGGAUGGAGAGAGAAGCGCUGCUGGCCGAGAUGGGCGUGGCCAUGAGGGAGGAUGGCGGCACCCUGGGUGUGUUCUCUCCCAAAAAGGGCCACAACCGGGAGAGGAUGGUGCUUUGCGAACAUCACCAGCUGCUGAAAGGGGAGGGGCUGAGGGGCGGAUUUGGGGAGAGCGAGGCCAGUUCAGGUCCUGGCCAAGGGACAGGCGGCCUGCUGGGAGAGGGGAACCGCAUCAUCAUGGGAAAGAGCCACGUGUUCCGGUUCAACCACCCCGAGCAGGCCCGGCAGGAGCGCGAGCGCACACCCUGCGCCGAGACGCCCUCGGAGCCUGUGGACUGGGCCUUCGCCCAGCGUGAGCUGCUGGAGAAACAGGGCAUCGACAUGAAGCAGGAGAUGGAGCAGAGGCUGCAGGAGCUGGAGGACCAGUACCGCCGGGAGCGAGAGGAGGCCAACUACCUGCUGGAGCAGCAGAGGCUGACACCACAUCUUGUCAACCUGAAUGAGGACCCACUGAUGUCCGAGUGUCUCCUCUACUACAUCAAGGAUGGGCUCACCAGAGUGGGCCGGGAGGAUGCAGAGAGGCGGCAGGACAUCGUCCUGAGUGGGCACUUCAUCAAGGAGGAGCACUGCGUCUUCCGGAGCGACUCCCGGGGAGGCAGCGAAGUCCAGUGGACGGAGCGGGAGUUCGAGCUGGCGCUGUGGGCCUUCCGGAAGUGGAAGUGGUACCAGUUCACGUCGCUGCGGGACCUGCUCUGGGGCAACGCCAUCUUCCUCAAGGAGGCCAACGCCAUCAGCGUGGAGCUUAAGAAGAAGGUCCAGUUCCAGUUUGUCCUCCUCACGGACACGCUCUACUCCCCACUGCCACCGGACCUGCUGCCCCCAGAGGCCGCCAAGGACCGAGAGACGCGCCCCUUCCCCCGCACCAUCGUGGCUGUGGAGGUCCAGGACCAGAAGAACGGGGCCACCCACUACUGGACGCUGGAGAAACUCAGGCAGCGCCUGGACCUGAUGCGGGAGAUGUACGACCGGGCGGCAGAGGUGCCCUCCAGCGUCAUCGAGGACUGCGACAAUGUGGUGACCGGUGGAGACCCCUUCUACGACCGGUUCCCCUGGUUCCGGCUGGUGGGCAGUUCAGUCAUCUCUGGCUGCAACAGCUACCCUCUUCUCAACACAUGCAUGAGCGCGCGCAUGGCUGCUCUCACCCCCUCCCCCACCUUCUCGAGCCCCGACUCUGACACCACCGAGCCUGCGGAGGAGCAGAGCGUGGGGGAGGAGGAGGACCUGGAGGACGACGUGUUUCCGGAGCACGCGCUGUGCGACGGCCGGGACCCGUUUUACGACCGGCCCCCCCUGUUCAGUUUAGUAGGAAGGGCCUUCGUGUACCUGAGCAACCUACUGUACCCCGUGCCCCUGGUGCACCGCGUGGCCAUCGUCAGCGAGAAGGGCGAGGUGAAGGGCUUCCUCCGUGUGGCCGUCCAGGCCAUCUCAGCCGAUGAGGAGGCCCCUGAUUAUGGCUCUGGCGUCCGCCAGUCGGGAACCGCCAAGAUCUCCUUUGAUGACCAGCAUUUCGAAAAGUUCCAGUCGGAGUCCUGCCCCGUGGUGGGGCUGUCCCGCUCCGGGACCUCCCAGGAAGAGCUGCGCAUCGUGGAAGGGCAGGGCCAGGGCGCCGACGCAGGGCCCACCGCCGACGAGGUCAACAACAACACCUGCUCAGCGUCGUCUCCGGAAGGCCUCCUCCUGGACAGCCCCGAGAAGGCCGUCCUGGACGGGCCCCUGGACACCGCUCUGGCCCACCUGCACCUGGGCAGCGCCUUCACAUUCCGCGUGACCGUCCUGCAGGCGUCCAGCAUCUCCGCAGAGUACGCUGACAUCUUCUGCCAGUUCAAUUUCAUCCAUCGCCACGACGAGGCCUUCUCCACGGAGCCCCUGAAGAACACGGGAAGGGGCCCCCCGCUGGGCUUCUACCACGUCCAGAACAUCGCCGUGGAGGUGACCAGGUCCUUCAUCGAGUACAUCAAGAGCCAGCCCAUCGUGUUCGAGGUUUUCGGCCACUACCAGCAGCACCCGUUCCCACCCCUCUGCAAGGACGUGCUCAGCCCCCUGAGGCCCUCACGCCGCCACUUCCCACGGGUCAUGCCGCUGUCCAAGCCAGUGCCAGCCACCAAGCUCAGCACGAUGACGCGUCCCUGUCCUGGGCCCUGUCACUGCAAAUACGACCUGCUCGUCUACUUCGAGAUCUGUGAGCUGGAGGCCAACGGCGACUACAUCCCUGCGAUGGUGGACCACCGCGGCGGGAUGCCGUGCAUGGGGACCUUCCUGCUGCACCAGGGCAUCCAGAGACGGAUAACCGUGACACUGCUGCAUGAGACGGGCAGCCACAUCCGCUGGAAGGAAGUCCGAGAGCUGGUUGUAGGUCGCAUCCGAAACACCCCAGAAACCGAUGAGUCCCUGAUUGACCCCAACAUCUUGUCUCUCAACAUCCUCUCAUCAGGGUACAUCCGCCCGGCCCAGGAUGACCGGACCUUUUACCAGUUUGAGGCUGCGUGGGACAGCUCCAUGCACAACUCUCUCCUGCUGAACCGGGUCACCCCGUAUCGAGAGAAAAUCUACAUGACCCUCUCUGUUUACAUUGAGCUGGAGAACUGCACCCAGCCGGCCGUCAUCACCAAGGACUUCUGCAUGGUCUUCUAUUCCCGCGAUGCCAAGCUGCCGGCCUCGCGCUCCAUCCGGAACCUGUUUGGCAGCGGAAGCCUGCGGGCCUCGGAGAGGUGGAUGCAGCGGCGGCGCAGGCGGGUGCUGGACACGUCGGUGGCCUACGUGCGGGGAGAGGAGAACCUGGCGGGCUGGCGGCCCCGCAGUGACAGCCUCAUCCUGGACCACCAGUGGGAGCUGGAGAAGCUGAGCCUUCUGCAGGAGGUCGAGAAGACCAGGCACUACCUGCUGCUGCGCGAGAAGCUGGAGACCACCCAGCGGCCGGGCCCCGAAGCGCCGUCCCCGACCUCCAGCGAGGACACCGAGUCCCGCAGCUCAUCCAGCGCCUCUUCCCCGCUCUCUGCCGAGGGCCAGGCGUCACCCCUGGAGGUUCCCAGCGAGAGGCAGCGGGAGCUGGCCGUGAAGUGCUUACGCCUCCUCACGCACACGUUCAACAGAGAGUACACGCACAGCCACGUCUGCGUCAGCGCCAGCGCCAGCGAGAGCAAGCUCUCCGAGAUGUCUGUCACCCUGCUUCAGGACCCGUCCAUGUCCCCUCUGGGGGCAGCCACGCUCACCCCCUCCUCUACCUGCCCCUCUCUGGUCGAAGGGCGGUACGGGGCAGCUGACCUGAGGACCCACCAGCCCAGCUGCCGGCUGGCCAGCCCAGAGCCCGAGCCCAUGCCAGAGGCAGAUUCCAAGAAGGCCACGUCCCCUGCUCAGGUGACAGAGGCGGAUAAGGAGCCCCAACGCCUGCUGGUUCCCGACAUUCAGGAAAUCCGCGUCAGCCCCAUCGUCUCCAAGAAGGGGUACCUGCACUUCCUGGAGCCGCACACGGCCGGCUGGGCCAGGCGCUUCGUGGUGGUGCGGCGGCCCUACGCAUACCUGUACAACAGCGACAGGGACGCCGUGGAGAGGUUUGUGCUCAACCUGUCCACCGCGCAGGUGGAGUACAGCGAGGACCAGCAGGCCAUGCUUAAGACACCCAACACAUUCGCUGUAUGCACAGAGCACCGUGGGAUCCUGCUUCAGGCCACCAGUGACAAGGACAUGCAUGACUGGCUGUACGCCUUCAACCCCCUCCUGGCCGGGACCAUACGGUCCAAGCUCUCCAGGAGGAGGUCUGCCCAGAUGAGGGUCUGAGCCAGAAGACGCCCCACCCCUGGGCACAGCCAGCAGGCCAGGCGCUGCUCCCCAGCCCUCUCACCAUCCAUCGUGUCAUCACCGCCCAGCCCCCCCACCAGGCCGCCAAGUCCCCUCCUCCUGGGGACGCCCGAACUAGGCCCAGUGAGCUCCCCCUCUGGCCGGGGACCUGCACCACAUGACCUGUUGUGCUUCCAGCAGAGGCCCGUUUGCUGUCGGUUCUUCUCAGAUGUGUCCUGGGGGGCGGCGCUGGGCGGCGCUGGAGAGGCCAGCCGGCACAGAGUCACAGGGUGUCGCGCCGUUCUAAUAUUUUUUUAAGCAUAGACAGACUUACAAUUAAUAUACGGUAGUUAGCGACAAGAAACAGUCCACUCAGACAUUAACUAUGAACCUGUGUUCUAUUUAUAAGUAUUUAUUUCUAAUGCCCUCACGUAGGACUGUAGGAUGCAGAUGGACCCCCCCCCCGCUUGUCCCCACACGCAUCUCCAAGCCUAUUAGGGACAGCCAGGCUGAGGCAGCCGCCUUGGAAGACGACGGUGAGCAGGUGUCUGGACAGCGGGCACCACGGGGCGCCAGGCCAGGCCCGAGGCCUCAACAGCUGCCUGUGUGCGUGUGCCGGGGGAUCUGCCCGGAGCCCGAGCACCAUGGAAGGGGGUACACAUGUUGCUUCUAGCCGGGGCUGUCGUCCCCAUCUCACCUACACAUCAGCUACCUGGGAUGCGAGUCUCAGGCAUGGGCAGCUCCCUGCAAGAGGAGAGAGACGGUGGGAUGUGGGUGGCUGACCUGCCAGGGACGGUGGAGAAGGGUCAGGACCCCACCAGUCGUGUCAUGUACCCAGGCCAGCGGGGUGCAGGUGGCUGGGGUUAGGUUGUCCAAAGUGACAGUCUAGGCAGCGACGGGCUCAUGGUACAGCCUCUCCAGCUGCUGUGAGAACCGAGUUAGUUCAAGAAAGCUCCUGGUUAGAAAGCCCGUGACUCCCCCUCUGUGUCCCAAGAGAAGAGAAUUUCUGUGAGCGCCGGUGAGAAGGUUCCAUGGGCCAGACGAGCCCGGUGCUGGGGUCGUCUGCCAUCCAGGGCCCCCCGUCAGCACCUGAGGUACUGCUGCAUCUUGGUCUGGCCUCGGUACAAUAUCCAUUCUGUCCCCUUUCACACCCCAUGCCUGAGGGUCACCCGGUACAGGCUAGGAGUCAGCCCAGGCUGAGUCUGGCCGGGCGUCAUGCUCAGGCCAUAACACCCAUCAGAGAACCACGGGGCGGGGGCUCUUCUGUGACCUGUUCCCACACCCAAAGAAAGGCACAUUUGGCUUAUUUUGUGCUCAAAGAAAAAUAGCAACCAAACUGCACCACUGUGCCCACCAUGGCCCAUCAAGUGCGGGUCCCGCUGUGGGUCUGGACGUGCCCAGCCCCAGGCUCACGCCAGCCUUGCUCAGCCCACAGCAUUCUCUGACACCUUCCACCUCCCUCGCCAGCCCCUGCCGGGCGCUGCCUCCUGACGCCUGACCUUUCCGUUUUGUUCGGAUGACCCCGGUACCCCCCAAAGUCAGUGGUUCUGAGACUCCCCGUGAUGCACGCUGUUCCCAGGUGGCAUUGAUAUGACACGUGGGCAUUCUCACGAUUUGUGCACUGGGGUGGUGUGGCGUCAGCUGCCAUCCAAGUGAGAAGGUUGUUCAGGCCCUUGAAGCUUCGCCUCAGAUGAGGGGUGCGGGAGGGUGGGCUGGGGCCCCUCUGGCAGCAGUGUCCACCUACCUGCCGGCCAGCACCUUUCUGUACCUGGCCUCAGGCACAGCGUGUGGUGGCCGCCUCUCCCCUGCUGCGCUCCUGCCCGGGGCCUGGACGGCACCGCUGACGAAGCACCUCGGCAGGAAUCGGGCCAGGACCAUGUCUGUGAAGCACUUGGAGACCCCAGGAGAGGGUCACAAUCUGUACUGAACUUAGACAUUGUCCAAAAAACGGGGCCUGGGCUCCCCUCCACGGAGGCCGUGGGCUGAGAUGCAGAGAAGAGGUGACGGCACAGUCUGGGACAGGACUUAGUGUGGCUUCUAUGACAGCCUGAGGACAGGAAGGAGGAGCAGGGAUGGGUGAGUCGUUCUAAGAUGCGCCUGGCUCCCGAGAGCCUGGCCGCAGCCUGCUCAGGUCAGCCAGCCUGAGGCUGUGGCCUCCCGAGGGUCAGGCCCUCGCACCCAGGGCACAGGUGUCUGAGGCCAGCCAACCUGCAGAGCACCUGAGGCGUGGGGCAGGGCUGAGAGAAGACGCCCACUCGAGGGUUUCUGAAAAUCACCCAGAUUUAGGAGCUUCCACAGCCAUGGAGGCCCCGGGGACGGUGUCAUCUUGACAGUGACUAGGAGCCAGGUGUGGGCCACCUGAUGGCCCCCUUUCAGGCCUGUUCAGUGGGAGGGCCUGGGUCAGAGUUGCUGGAGAGGAAACCCACUUUGAGUUAGGAAAGCCAGUCUCCAUGCCCAAAACUACGCACGUGUCACACUAGUUGAGAUAAGUCAUUGAACAAACUUGCUUUCUGCACCUGAGACAGGCAAAGCUGACCUGCAGGCCCUGAGGGCCUCACCUUAUGGGGUGCAGAGAGGAAGUCAGUCCUGGCCGUGUGCCGCUUCAGUUAACGGGGGAGGGGAGAAAGAGCCAGAAAGCCAUCUCUCUCGGAUGAUCUUUGUUCGAAUACUUGAUGCGGCUCAGGCUGCAGCUUCAUACUAUUUAAGGAGCAGCCGCCCUCGGUUGGAGAGGGCUCUCUGUCCCCUCCAGGGGAGAGUGAACGCCCUCCUUGUGGCCCCAGGGAGAGGGGUGCUGGGCUCCAGGCCGACUGGCACCAGGCUCCAGAGUCACCCGGCAGGUGCCCAGGGUGUGUUGAGAUGUUCGUGAGUUGCAAGGCCUCCCGCUCUGAGUAAUACAUUGCUCAUAAGAUGCCAAUGUUUCGUCCACCGACCGCAGGCACACACCCGGGGCGGCUGCGGUGAGGUGGUCUCCCCAACAAUCCUGGUGCCCCCUCGGCCCCUCUGGGGCGGGUGUGGCAAAGCAUUCAGGGAGGGUCCCUGAAUGUCACUGAUGUUACAGGUGUGAGUGGGGUUGCCGUGCUGGUCCUGGGCCGGUGCUUCCUGUAGCUAGCUACCUGUCCCUGAGGUCCCCUGUGGCUUGUACAUACGUGGUUGUGUGGCACACCCCGGCCCCUGCACCAUAACCGCCAUCCUGACGUAAUGACUCCAGUUCCCUGACGUCCUGAACCCGAGUGUUAGGUCUAGGCUCCUGUACAGUGUGUGUGCACUUCAGGCUCUGUCCAUUAAGAAAUAAAUGUGGUUCCUUAUGCAGCACCUGA